AUGGAGUGGGAUUCACAGGCCGUGGAGCCACUGACGUGGCAGUACGCGGCUGGGUCCGUUCUCCAGUACAACCUGCGCUGGCUGCACGCAUUCGGCGUGUGGCCGCUGUCGGGUUCGCCGUUGUUUCGCAUCUUCACAGUCACCAUCUCCGCGCUGAGCUUGGGACACAUUGCCGAAGGCGUUGUCCACCUCUGCACGUUGCGCGGCGAUCUGGAGGACUACACGUUGGCACUGUCGUGCUUGUCGAUAAUGGUCGUCGGUUCGACCAAGGCGACGUUCUUCCUCUGCAACGAGGCCGGCUACUGUCGUCUGGUGCGGUGGCUGGACGCGCUGGUAAACAGCCAGAGAGAGUACGUGCGGAGUCGGUCUACGCGCGGGGCAAUCUUCGAGGAGGUGCAAAGACGCGGUAUUCGCAUCUCGAAGGCCUUCAACGCGUAUAAUGUCUCCCUGCUCUCUAUUUGGUUCGUUGCACCACUGAUGUCACCCGAAAAAAGAUUACCUUUCCAGCAACUCCCAGUGACGAACACUACGAUCUUGCCCAUGUACGCGUAUGAGCUGUCUUACGCGUUGCAGGUCAUCUCGAUGUUUUUCGUUGGUUUAAUCCACGUGCAGAUGGAUAGUUUCUUCAUAGUGGUUAUGUUUCACAUCUCAGCUCAGCUCAAAAUUCUGAGCGAGCGCAUCGCUGAUCUUCAGCUUCUGAGAGCAGACAAGAAUGAACAGUUUGAGUCUAAUGAAAACAAGAGAUUGCAGAAGUCUAAGGCUGCUAUUGAGGCAUAUAAACAAUUGUGCCUUUGCAUCCGCACACAUCAGGAUAUCACAAGGUUUAUCGGGUACCUAGAAAGUGUUAUGAACCCUAUAGCAAUGAUGCAGUUGGCCAUCGGAGUGUUCAACGGUUGUAUGAUGAUUUUUCCAGCGGCAUAUAGUGAUGAGAGCGGAGCCCUGCUCAAGGUGCUGGUGUGCGCCCCCGCGGUCAGCAUGCAGCUGCUGCUCUACUGUGUGGGAGCGCACAGCGUGCGGGAGCAGGGGGAGCUUGUGUCCAUGGCUGCGUACAGCUGCGACUGGCCAGACACCAACAUCAGCUUUCAGAAGAAGCUACUGCUGGUCAUGGUUCGCGGGCAGAGGCCGUUGACGCUCACCGCCGGCGGGAUCUACCCUAUUCAGAGGGGCACCUUCCUCUCGCUGCUGAAUGCGGGCUACUCCUACUACGCGGUGCUGAAGAACUUCGCCGGCCGCUGACGUCUCGCAGCAGAAAAUCUCCACAGCAGCACACACGUUGCUUGCCACCAGGAGUAGAGCGUCAUAAAUAUAUGGAACAUACACGUAGCUUAUCAUACAUCAACACG